AUGGCGUGUUCCGUCUCUGCUCGCGUUGCCGCACGGCAGCCGCUCGCGGCCGUCAGCAAGCCCGUCGCCGCUGAAGCUUCGUCGUCGGCGCGCAGUGCGUUCCUAGGGAGUGACGCGGCGGUUUUGCGCUGCCUGCGCAAUGCAGCAGCGCGGUCGAAAAAGGGCAGCCAUUCUGCCGGCGCCAGGAGAAUGCGGCUUCCGCCGGCGCGCGCGGCGCUGGCGGACGUGAGGCCUGCGACGAAGCCGUCGGAGGAGAUUGCAGUGGCGCACGAGGCGGGGGAGGAAGUGACGGCGUCUGCGGAGUUCCGCGCGCAGGCGCUCGUGAAGGAUUAUGCGCAGUACGAAGAGAUGUACCGGCGCUCAAUUGAGGAACCCGACGCGUUCUGGGCGGACCUGGCGCGGCAUUUCUAUUGGCGCACGCCCUUCCCCGUGUCGCCCGACGGCAAGGUGCAUUCAGAGAACCUGGACGUGCGGCGCGGGCGCGUGAACGUGGAGUGGUUCAAAGGCGGCGCGACCAACAUCUGCUACAACGCCGUUGACCGUUGGGUGGAGCAGGGGCAGGGGCACCGCGUCGCGUUCUUCUGGGAGGGCAACAACGAGACGGAUUCCGUCACGCUGACGUACGCGGAGCUGCUGGAGCGCGUGAAGCAGACGGCGGCGUAUCUGCGGUCGCAAGGCGUGAAGCGCGGCGACUACGUGACGAUCUACAUGCCCAUGGUGCUCGAGCUGCCCGUCGCCAUGCUCGCCUGCGCGCGCAUCGGCGCCGUCCACUCCGUCGUCUUCGGCGGCUUCUCCGCCGAGUCGCUCGCGCAGCGCAUGCAGGACUGCGAGUCGCGGGUGCUGCUGACGUGUUCCGGCACGAUGCGCGGCUCAAAGCCCAUCUUGCUCAAGGACAUCGCAGACGCCGCCAUUGCGCUCUCCCCCGACCUUCACGUGGCGCGCGUGGUGGUGGCGGACAACCCGCCCGCCAUGGCGCGAGACGCGGUCAACAUGGUGGAGGGCCGCGACGUGUGGUGGCAGGACGUUAUUGGUCAUGCUGACGUGGCGCCGGGCAGUGAUGACGUGGAGUGGAUGGACGCGGAGGACCCGCUCUUCCUGCUCUACACCUCGGGAUCCACGGGCCGCCCCAAGGGAGUGGUGCACACGACGGGCGGCUACAUGGUGUACACGGCGACCACCUUCAAGCACACGUUUGACUGGAAGCCCAGCGACGUGUACUGGUGCACCGCCGACUGCGGGUGGAUCACCGGCCACAGCUACGUCGCCUACGGCCCGCUCCUCAACGGCGCCUCGCAGGUGCUAUUCGAGGGCGUGCCCAACUAUCCCGACUGGGGGCGCUGGUGGCGCAUAGUGGACCGCUACGCCGUGUCGCUCUUCUACACCGCCCCCACCGCCAUCCGCGCCGCCAUGCGCUCCGGAGAUCAGUGGGUGGAGGCAUCAAAGCGCACGUCACUGCGAGUGCUGGGCAGCGUGGGCGAGCCCAUCAAUCCGUCUGCAUGGAAGUGGUACAGCUCAGUGGUUGGCGAGGACAGGUGUCCCAUCAGCGACACGUGGUGGCAGACUGAGACCGGUGGCUUCAUGAUUCUCCCCCUGCCAGGAGCGUGGCCGCAGCGCCCGGGGGCGGCGUCGUUCCCUUUCUUCGGAGUGCAGGCGGCGAUGGUGGACGAGCGGGGGGAGGAGGUGCAGGGGGAGGGGGAGGGGUACCUGUGUGUGAGGGCGUCGUGGCCGGGCAUGUUCCGCACGCUGCUGCACGACCACGACCGCUACGAGACCAACUACUUUGCGCCCUUCAAAGGCUUCUACUUCUCAGGCGAUGGCUGCAGAAGGGAUGCGGAUGGGUACUACUGGGUGACGGGGCGGGUGGACGAUGUGAUCAACGUGAGUGGGCACCGCAUCGGCACAGCUGAGGUGGAGUCCGCCCUCGUCGCCCACCCCGCCUGCGCCGAGGCUGCUGUCGUCGGCUUCGACCACGAGAUAAAGGGGCAGGGCAUAUACGCGUACGUGACGCUGGUCUCCGGUGUGGAGUACGCCGACGACCUCCGUCUCGACCUCGUGCGCUCUGUGCGCUCUACAAUCGGUGCCUUCGCCGCCCCCGACCACAUCCACUGGGCGCCGCACCUGCCCAAGACGCGCAGCGGCAAGAUCAUGCGGCGCGUGCUGCGCAAGAUCGCCGCGCGGCAGGAGGACGAGCUGGGGGACCUGAGCACGCUGGCCAACCCCUCAGUGGUGCCGAUGCUGCUGGAGCUCAGGGACUCUGACGACUGCAGCACGUGUGUGUUUGUGCCGCCGGUGAGCGUGGAGGAGGAGAAGGAGAAGGAGGAGGCGGCGGCGAGGGUGGAUCUGGAGGCGGUGCAUGAUCACCUGCUGGAGGAUGAUGAGUGGCAUGAGCGCAUUGGGGGUGACGCACGGGAUGGGAAUGGGAAUGGGGCAGUGAAGCAGGAGAGUGGGGCUCUGUAG